AUGAAUCGGAUUGCCGGCGAUACGACAGACGAGUGCCCUCCGGACACAGCCCAGGUAGAGGCCAGGCGCUUUAGGAUAGUUGCUGAGAACCCAACGACUCAGCUGCCAACAGCCCGAGGUUCGCGUUCGACUGUUGUGGUCGUCGGCGUAGAUGGCGAUGGGAAGCGCUGUUCACGGAGAAAACUGUUCGUGAUGGUUGCAGGUUUCCGAAGUGGCGAGUUACCCUUGCAGAGCAAGAUUGGCAUCGACUCGCAGCAUCGCUACUGCUCCGAUCAAUAUACGCUACAGUUUUGCGAUCUUUCACUGAGUGUUACGAGGGUGUGGUCAAGGAGAGGCGUUACCGCAGUUGGUGUUUUUGUCUACUACCACGUUGUGAUCGAUACACAGCCCACCGCCUUGCACAUAGGAUCGCCAUCUAACGCCCUGCAGCUGCCACACUUUGUUACUCGGCUAUCUCGGUUCCUCUCUAUGCUGUCAACGCCCAUCCCGGUCACGUAUUUGUCCGCAUAUCCUGCCCCUGGAGGCGCUCCCGAGACACCCCACCUCCACCUCGUGGCCGCGUACACCCCCUUGUUGGAGUUGGAACUUUCUCCGACGCGCAGCUUCGGGAAUGUUGUGUUGUGUGUCACCGCUGAGCAGCUCGGGCCCAAUGCCUCUGCUGACCUCGCAGUCUGGCUAUUCUUCCAGCUUGCCGCGGGCCACGUCCUCUUGCCGCUCCUUGUAGCUACCUUCUUCGUCUCGCGCACAGUCACGCGACGCCCGACAGUCAUCAAUUGUGUCGGCUUCACUGCUACACAUGCCAAAAGAGUCCUGUACGUGGGUAGGGAGACCGGCCUGGAUCCGAACCAAGAGCUGUGCAUCGCACAGUCGGCUUUGCUCAGUGGUGUCUUGCCGAUGACCACCACGGCCUGCCUGGCUCUGGUGUAUCACGCCUGGACUUCACUCAAUCGAGCGGGGCCCCAGGAUGCUUCGAAACGCGCUGGGUCCUUGGUCAAUGCACUGCUUCUCGGGGUCCCCUACGUGUUCUUCGCCAUGUUCACGGCGAUCGCCGCCAAGCUAGGCACGGAUUAUCCGACUAGAGUUAGCAGGGUCCAGAAAUACUUCUACUGCUCAAUCGACCUAGCACCAUUUAACUACGCUGUUGCCAUCCUCUCAGCGUUGGCAUGUUUUGGUGCCAUCGCGCUCUACGCUAACAUCAGCGUCGACUUUUGUGUUCGCAUUGGGGUUUUCGCCGUCUGCAUGCUCACGGCGACAUUCUCACCUCUAUGCGCUGCAUGUGCUCAUUCUGAAACGCAGGACGUCAUCCAUGCUUGGCUCUCGUGGCGUCGUCCCAAGUUUGCUCGACAGCAAGCCCCUGGUAGCCCACGACUCCCGCGGGCACCCUACCCGUCCUUCGACCUCGACCUCAUGAAGCGCACGGACAGUGCAGUGAGCGAGAAGGCGCGUCUGGAGGCUCUGCGCGCAUACUACGCAGCGCGUGUCCAGGGCGAAGGGGUUGGUGUAGAGAUUAUCGAACGCCCUGAGGACGCGUUCAUCCCAGGACGCGACUACCGCAGCGCCUCACGCUUGUCGAUGACCUCGGGUUUCUCUGGAAAGAGUACGGACUCGGGUGUGACCAAAUGA